UUUUGUAUGCGUUUCAGAGCGCGUUGAACCGCCAACUAAGUUACGUUUUGCCAUGUCACAGAAAACAACCAAAGAGGCCACGUAUAUUUGGUGAAAAACGGAUAUUCGCUGACAUUUAAGGACCCUCCGUGGGAUAAAUUUAUGAACUAAGACCGUGUUGGAGCUUUUUACAGGGGCUCUCCGGCUAUAUUUGUGCUGCUGGUUCUUUUGAGUGUACAGUGAACGCCACACCGUCAAGCUACAAGCCUCAUGUUUUCGUCCAGCCAAGAGGAGCACUGCGCCCCUUCCAAAGACCCUGUUAAAUACGGCGAGUUGGUCGUUUUGGGGUACAAUGGCUCCCUGCCCAAUGGAGAUCGCGGUAGACGGAAAAGCAGAUUUGCGCUAUACAAGAGGACCAAAGCCAAUGGUGUUAAGCCAAGCGCCGUGCACAUCCUUAACACACCCCAAGACAGCAAGGCUGUGAACUCUAAAGGCCAACACAGCAUCUCAUACACCUUGUCCCGGAACCAUACAGUGGUGGUGGAGUACAGCUAUGAUAAAGACACAGACAUGUUUCAGAUCGGCCGGUCCACUGAGAGUCCCAUCGACUUUGUGGUGACAGACACAAUAGCGGGAGGCCAGGAGGGCGAGGAGACUCCCAUCACACAGAGCACCAUCUCACGUUUCGCCUGCCGGGUCGUCUGUGAGCGUAACCCACCUUACACCGCUCGUAUCUAUGCAGCCGGGUUUGACUCUUCCAAGAAUAUCUUCCUCGGGGAAAAAGCUGCAAAGUGGAAGAACCCUGAUGGUCACAUGGAUGGCCUGACAACCAAUGGCGUCCUGGUGAUGCACCCCAAAGGCGGCUUCACAGAGGAAUCCAAGCCUGGCGUAUGGCGGGAGAUUUCUGUGUGUGGGGAUGUUUACACCCUGAGAGAGACACGCUCUGCACAGACUCCGGGCAAACUGGUGGAGAACGAGAGUAAUGUACUGCAGGAUGGCUCGCUGGUGGACUUGUGCGGUGCAACCUUAUUGUGGCGCACCGCUGAAGGCCUCUUUCACACUCCCACCCAAAAGCAUCUGGAGGCCCUCCGACAGGAGAUCAAUGCGGCGCGGCCCCAGUGCCCCGUAGGCCUCAACACCCUUGCCUUUCCCAGCAUGCAGCGCAGCCGCGCCCUCUCCUGUCUGGAGGACAAGCAGCCGUGGGUCUACUUGGCGUGCGGCCACGUGCACGGUUACCACAACUGGGGUCAUCGGUCAGAGCAGGAGCCCAACACCCAGCGAGAGUGCCCGAUGUGCAGGAUGGUCGGCCCCUACGUGCCGCUCUGGCUUGGCUGCGAGCCCGCCUUCUAUGUGGACACGGGUGCCCCCACGCACGCCUUUGUGCCGUGCGGACACGUGUGCUCGGAGAAGUCUGUUAAGUACUGGUCAGAGAUCCCUCUGCCUCACGGCACCCACGCCUUCCAUGCCGCCUGCCCCUUCUGUGCCACCCAGCUCAGCCUCACGCAGGGAUGCUCCAAGCUCAUCUUCCAAGGCCCGGUGGACUGAGCUCAUGGGGGUUCUGCUCUUGGAAAAGAGCGGCAACAUGCUGUGAAACUGCUGAGAUUAUUUUGUUUCCUUUUCCUCACGUUUAAACCCUUUGUGGGAAGCUCAGGUGGUGAUAAUAUUUUGGAUUCUACACGCUGCCUGGAUGCUCUGUGAAGCCCACGUCGGGCCCUUCCCUUCCAGAACCAAAUACUGUUUCAGCUGUCCUGCCAAGCAACCGCUUAAAAGAAGAAAGGCUCCAUUGGUGGGCUUCUGAUAAACUUACAAGAACCUGUUGGAGUUUAUGCUUUAUGUAGAAAGAAUUCACUGUUGUUACCCUUUUUAAACUUGAUAACAAAGAGCAAGUGUAGGUGAGUCUGAAGCGGGUUCAGUGUAGUUCCUUGUGGAUCAGAGAGGUUUUAAAGAGCCAGACAGCUGGACUGCUGGCGAGGAGAACCCGAGGGUGUCUGAUGCUCCCCUCGUUGCUCCUUAUUUGGUCCUUUAACCCCUAACGGCAUCUUCUAACCCUGCGGAGGUGGCUUUCAUUUGCGUCGGAUACACAGAAAGAAUUGAGUGCCUCUAAUCCCAUGAAGCUGUGGGAACAUUUUUCACAGAUGAGAGAAGGAUAUUUAGUUGAAGGCAAGAGGAGAGGUAGAUUUACAUACUCAUGUAAGGAAAUGACAGCCCACAUGCAUCCCUCUCUGUAUUUUUAUGCAACAGAAGAGCUAUUUUACUACACUGAGGCCCUCGCACUGUUUUCUAAUGCAAAUGUUAAUAUAUUUUCCUGCAUAAAUAAUGUGUGCGAGAAUGUUUGGAUUGUGUGCGUGCUGGACCGCCUGAGUGCUGUCGGGCUUUAUAGGAAAAAAAAAAGGCCUCGCAUCAUUUCACCCCAAAUAUCCUCCCUUAUGAUCUCUCAGCCCAGCAGCGAAAAAAUGCUAGACUAGAACCUUGCAGGGCUUGACAAUGAUUGUACUGGAUUACAGCCUAUUGAUAGACUAGAUAGACAGAGCUGUUUUGUAGUGAGACUUUUUAAUGAGCAUAUGCAUCACUGCUAACUGUGUCUCAGUCCCACACGUGUACUGUAUGCCGUCUGCACCGUUGUCGGCUUUAUCUCGCACUGGCUCUGCUCCAGCCACUGGUACGCCAAGAAACCUGGGCAUCGCCUCAGCAGCGUGCGGAGAUUAUACCAAAUAUAAGGAGGAGCUAUUUUCCUCUCCUCACGCAAGAUGCAAGCUAGUGCGCUCCCCACGUCUCAAAACUGGUUCUGUAAACAAUCCCUAAACCCGAACCGCUGUUCCGGCGGAAUGUUGACAGCUUUGGAUGCCAGUUGCAUGCACCAGCUCCAUGGGGAAUAAUGAUAUUAUCUCACAUGAUGCCAAAUUUGUUCUUUUGUGUGCGCGGAUGAGUCAAAAACAAACUAGCGGAUGGAGUGAAAGUAAAAAAAAAAAAAAAAAAAAUCGGGGACAAAUGUGUGUAUUCUUUCUGUGAUGUUAGCCUAACAGAAUGUGUCCAUAUAUAGAGAAUAUUGGCAGCCGUGUGGAUUCCUUCGCAAACAAUAGUGAGCAUUCAAACUGUGAGUUUCUUCCAGUAGUUGCAUUCAAGUUGUCUUCCAGAACUGUGGAUUGCUGAGGGCCAAAUCCACCUUGAAUGGAACUUGACUCAAAAUGUUCUCUUCUUCUUCUAAAAAAAAACAAAAAAACAGUUGAAGCAGAGGUGGCUCGAUGUCGUCACUUGUUUUUUUUUUAAGUUAACGGCGGUGCAGGGUCGAACACCAGGCCAGGUACCAGCCAGUAGCAUUCCUCACUCGGAGCUCCAAACACUGCACGUCCUUUAAGAGGAGCGUGUUCUGUAGCAGCUGCCUCAAACAUUCCUCCUUGGUAAACAUGGGUGGGGCCCUUGGUUCACUCAAGGGCUUCUUCAAGAUUUUUGUCUCCCUACAGGAAGUGUGUACACAAGCCAUAGGACGCACUGAUACUCCUCCCAAUGCAAAGAAAAAUAAACUAUUUUUUAAAAAGUAA